AUGAGCCUCGUUGAUAGGAUAAGAAGCAGAUUCCACGAAUUGGACCCAUCAACACAGUCAAACUAUGCUGACUUCAAAGUCAAUGGUACCAUUUUGGAGUUGAGUGUUUCAUUUGAGAAUAAAAAAAUUGAGGGGAAAGUUCAAUAUGACUUGACAAAUAAAGGGAACGCUGACAAACUUAUUCUUGAUACUAGUGUGCUUAAUAUCAAGGAGGUCACGGUUGAUGGGUCUGUUGCUGCUUUUAAAAUGAACAAAUCUAAGCCAGUGUUGGGGUCGGCUUUAGAAAUCUCUGUACCCAAAACUGCAACAAUCAAUGUAGAGAUUGCAUUUGAAACCACUGAUAAAUGCACAGCUAUUCAAUUUAUUAAAGGGGACACAGGCCCCUACGUAUUCUCACAAUGCCAAGCCAUCCACGCUAGGAGCUUAUUUCCUUGUUUUGAUACCCCUGCUGUAAAGUCACCAUACAAGUUUAUUGGCAAAUCGCCAGCAAAGGUGACAAUGUCGGGUAGACCAGUGGAAAAUGAGACCCCCAACGUGUAUGUGUUUAAUCAGCCUAUACCAAUUCCUUCGUAUUUGGUAUCCAUCACCUCGGGUAAUUUGUGCAAAGCCUCAAUUGGACCUAGAUCAGAUGUCUACAGUGAACCCACCAACUUAAGACAAUGUCAGUGGGAGUUCGAAAAAGACAUGGAAAACUACAUUCAAAUUGCGGAAGCUUUGGUUUUCGAUUACGAAUGGGAAAGAUUUGACUCGUUGGUUUUGCCAUCGAGUUUUCCAUAUGGUGGUAUGGAAAUUCCAAACAUGACGCAGUUGACACCAACGUUAAUAUGUGGUGACCGCACUCAAACCACAGUAAUGGCCCACGAAUUGGCCCACUCGUGGUCAGGAAAUUUAGUGACAAACCGCUCGUGGGAACAUUUUUGGUUGAAUGAGGGUUGGACUGUGUACUUGGAGAGGAGGAUCUUGGGAGUUAUUGCCGCUAGGGAGGCCAGGUCCAAAGGAAAGAGUGAUGAGGAGUCAAAAACAUAUGGUGAGCAAGCUAGACAAUUGGAUAUGAUAUCCGGUUGGAAUUCUUUGGUCGAGACUUGUAACACCUUUGAUCCUCUAUUUACCAAAUUGGUGAUUGACUUGGAAGGAAAGGAUCCAGAUGAUUCAUUCUCAAGAAUCCCAUAUGAGAAGGGUUUUUUCUUUUUGUAUCAUUUGGAGACAAAAUUUGGAGGUGUUGAGCAGUUUGACCCCUUCAUCAAAUACUAUUUUAAAAAGUUUAGAUAUGAAUCUUUAGACACUGCACAGUUUGUGGAGACGUUGUAUGAAUUUUUCACUCCUUUGGGAAAGAAAGAAGUUCUAGACGGCAUUGAUUGGGAUAAACAAUUGUUUUCUUCUGGUGUUCCCGAUGAACCUGUGUUUGACAGCACUUUAGCAACUGAAGUCUACAAGUACGGCGAAAAAUGGGUGGAUUACAUCAAAGAGAGCAAUUUUGCCGAGAUUCCAUUCAGUGAGGCUGAUGUGGCCUCUUUCCUGAGUGAACAAAGUAUGUUGUUUUUGGAAUACUUGCUGGAAAAGUUUAAGGCAUUGAAAGUUUCUGCUGGGCUUGUGAGGAGGUUGCCUCUGGUUUAUCCAAAGUAUGCCAGCAGUCAAAACGGUGAGAUUCUUUCUGUAUGGAAUGACAUCUUAAUCAGUAAUGGUAGCUACAGAGCUGAAGAUGAGGUUGUCAACAACUUUGCUGACUGGUUGGGCCAUACAGGAAGAAUGAAAUAUGCUCGUCCUGGGUAUUUGUUAUUGAAAAAUGGGGUAAGCAGCGAGUACGCCAUCGCUCAAUUCAAAAAACAUGAAUCAUUCUACCAUCCAAUUUGCAAAACAAUGAUUGAAAAGGAUUUAGGUUUGAUUUAA